CCCUGGGCUGGCAAGAUGCGCUCCAUUAGGAAGAGGUGGACUAUCUGCACGAUAAGUAUCCUCCUGAUCGUUUAUAAGACAAAAGAAAUAGCAAGAACUGAGGAGCAUCAGGAAACGCAACUCAUAGGAGAUGAUGAGCUGUGUUCCAAUAGACCACUGAUCAAUAAUUCUAAUAAAAUCAUUCGAAAAGGUGGAUCUUCAAUCUUUCAGCACUCUGUAGAAGGUUGGAAAAUCAAUUCCUCUUUGGUUUUGGAGAUAAGGAAAAAUAUACUUCGCUUCCUGGAUGCAGAAAGAGACAUCUCUGUGGUCAAGAGUAGUUUUAAGCCUGGAGAUGUAUUACAUUAUGUAUUAGACAGACGUCGUACCCUAAAUGUUUCUCAGGAGUUGCACAGCCUCCUUCCUGAAGUUUCACCAAUGAAAAACCGUCGAUUUAAGACAUGUGCUGUGGUUGGAAAUUCUGGGAUUCUGCUGGACAGUGGAUGUGGAAAGGAGAUUGACAGUCAUGACUUUGUGAUAAGGUGCAAUCUAGCUCCUGUGGUGGAGUUUGCUGCAGAUGUGGGAACUAAAUCUGAUUUUAUUACCAUGAAUCCAUCAGUUGUACAAAGAGCAUUUGGAGGCUUUCGGAAUGAGAGUGACAGAGAAAAAUUUGUGCAUAGACUAUCUAUGCUGAAUGACAGUGUCCUUUGGAUCCCUGCUUUCAUGGUCAAAGGCGGAGAGAAGCAUGUGGAGUGGGUUAAUGCAUUAAUCCUUAAGAAUAAAUUGAAAGUGCGAACUGCCUAUCCAUCACUGAGACUUAUUCAUGCUGUCAGAGGUUACUGGCUGACAAACAAAGUUCCCAUCAAAAGACCCAGCACAGGCCUCCUCAUGUACACGCUGGCCACACGAUUUUGUGAUGAGAUUCACCUCUAUGGAUUCUGGCCGUUCCCUAAGGAUUUAAAGGGGAAAGAAGUCAAAUAUCAUUACUAUGAUAACUUGAAAUAUAGAUAUUUUUCCAACACAAGUCCUCACAGGAUGCCAUUGGAAUUCAGAACUUUAGAUGGACUACAUAACAGAAGAGCACUAAAAUUAACCACAGGAAAAUGCAUAAGGCAAUAA